CAAAAGAAAGGAAAAAAAAACAUUUAUUAUUUGCAAUAUACUUAUUUGGGUGUGGAUAGUAUAACAACACCCUUAGGAAACUAAAUUCACCAUUGCCCUUUGGACGAUAUGGAAGAACCGUAACGAUGGAGCGUUCAGCGGAGGCAUCAAAUCACUCUCCCCUCCCUCCCUCUUGCACGCAAUCCGCCUGAAGACUAAGUUGUGGUACUCAGCUUGGACUGCCCCAUCACCUCUGCUAUUGAAGAAUAUGCAGAAGCCAAAUAGGUUAGUGGUAGAUAUUGGUUGGUCAGCGCCUUCUACGGGUUGGUAUAAGUUGAAUGUGGAUGGAGCUUCCCAAGGAAACCCAGGCAAGGCUGGCCCCGAAGGAGUGAUUCGAGAUGAUCGAAGACGGUGGAUUGGUGGCUUUUGCUACAACAUUGGUAUUUGUACAGCUGCUCAUGCGGAGCUUUGGGCACUGAAGCAAGGCCUCGAGCUGGCUUGGCGCAAGGGGCUUCGGCUCGUUAUUGCAGAAACGGAUUCCCAACUCGAGAUCGACCUCAUCCAGAAGAGGUCCGAUCAGGCGCACCCUUUUGCCUCGCUUCUCAACACGAUUCGAAGACUUUUGGCAUAGGAAUGGCUGGUUAACCUACUGCAUACAUAUCGGGAAGGAAAUAGAGUCGCGGACUGGCUCUCGAAGCAUGGUCUCGUCUAUCCCUACGGUAUGCAUGAACUAGAAAACCCUCCAGACCAACUUAUAGAAACGCUUAAGGAUGGUGAAUGUGGGUUGACCUUACCCCGGAAUAUUGUCACUUCCUUUGUAACUCCUCCCCUGUAACCCCUCUUUUCUUUUUCUUGGCGUUUUUGUGCCUCAUUCCAAUCAAUAUAUAUAUAUAUAUCGGUUCUAUUAGCAUUUAGGUAUAGUUUCUAUUUUGCAGUACAAUCAUUUUUAUAUUUUGAUUUUUUGUAUAUUCGGAUGUAGCAAAAGGAACUUAGAUUUCUAUAUAUUCCAGAGCAAAACGGAUGGGUACAAAAGAAUAAAAGCAUUUAUUAUUUGCAAUAUACUUGUUUAGUCAAUAAUGGGAAUUCAGGUCUCAUUCGAUGUUUCAUGAUGUCUCAUUUAUUUUUUGCAGAUGAUUCGUAUAUGUUUCUGUGGGUUUCAGGGCCAGAGUGCUCUAGUUUAAGGACGAUCUUGGCUAGAUAUGAGAUAUUGAGUGGAUAGAAGGUUAACUUGGAUAAAUCGGUUGUCUACUUUAGUCGGAACGUGAAGCCGCAGGACAGGGAGCAACUUGGUACUAUCCUUGGCUUCGGUGUUAUUGGAGUCACGUAUCAGUAUUAGGGUUUACCUAUCCUAGUGGGCCGAUCAAAGAUAGAGACAUUUUGCUACAUUGAGGAGAGAGUUUUAAGCUGGCUACAAGGGUGGAAGCGAUGCUGUCUCUCGUGGUCGGCAAGGGAGGUUCUAUUGAAGGAGGUAGUGAAUGCUUUGUCUAUUCAUGCAAAGUCAUGCUUUUGUUUACCUGCCUCUUUGUGCAGAGAUCUGGAUAGACGUAUGGCUCACUUCUGGUGGGGAGGUAAAGCAGGCGAACAUAAAAUUCAUUGGGUUUCAUGAAAGACGCUAUGUUUGAGUAAAGCUGAGGGUUGGAUGGGAUUCCGUCGGUUUGAGGAUUUCAAUCAGACAUUAUUGGCUAUGUUGGGAUGUCGCUUACUGAUAGAUCCUGAUUGCAUGCUAGCUUGCAUUUAUAAAGGCAAGUACUCUCCCCAGACUUUUUUUUUUGGAGGCUACUACGAGAUCUCUUCCAUCAUGGGGAUGGUGUGGUAUUUUACAUGGUCGGGAGCUACUCCUUCAUUGUUUGGUGACAAUUUGGGAUUGGGAAGAAUAUUUCAUUUGCAAAUUCGAAUUGGGUCCCUGGUUGUCAUCCGAACCCUUCUCGUUUGCUUACAGAGAUGGUGGGGGCUCAAGGAACGAUUUAUUCUUUGAUCUCACCUCACGAAGACAAGUGGAGGGUCGACUUACUUAGCAACCUUCUUGAGAGGGACACAGUUGAACAAAUACGUCCGUUCUAU